CAUUAAAAUAUUUUACUUUUAAACUGUUGCAUCGCGUAAGAAGUUUAAAUAUUGCCAGUUUAUGUAAAAUGUUUGACAAACAACUGCAUCGAUUGCGCAAGGAAAUGAAAUUUCUCCAUAACAAAUAAUUUUUCUUAUUUCUUUUUCACUUAAAAUUUUUAAUGCGUUUACGAGAUUUUCCGAUGGUUAAUUUCUUUCUUUCCGCUGGAAAACUUAAUUCGAUUAGAUUUGGUAUAAUUUGAAUUGCUUUCUGUUUUUAUUUUCGAUUGUUACACUUAAAUUAUAAACACAAAAAUUGCCUACUCAAAAUGUUAACUCCACGUGUUAAAGGUGUUAUUCAAUAUGGCCAAGUGUAGAUGUUAUGUUAUAACGUUUUUUCUUUUUUUAUUUUCACUAAUGCGCUGUCACACAUUCAAUAACAGUACUAUAAAAUUGUAGUUUCGAAACUGAUUCUCGACGUUUUUCUAGACUAUUGUCGUUAUGUUCUAGUAACACAGUUAAAAUACAAUGACGUGAACAGCACAACAGCGGUCUAUUUGUAUAAAGAAUACAUUAUUACAUCAUGGUGCUCAUGCGCUCAGAAACGACUACUGUCACCGAAGUAAACUUGCCUUUGUCAAAAAAUGCGAAAAAAUUUGACGGAAUCGUCGAAGAGAGUAAUUUGGAAGUUGAACAACCUUCAAAGUCACCAUUAAAUAGCAAACAAGAAAUCAUAUGGCAUAACGUAGUUCUUAUUACUCUAGUUCAUGUAUUGUCAGUAGUUGGAAUGUACCACAUAAGACAUACAAUCAAAUAUCCUACGAUAUUAUGGGGGUUCAUCGUCGGAGGUAUCGGAGGAUUCGGCGUAACUGGCGGAGCUCACAGAUAUUACACUCAUAGAUCGUAUAAAGCAAAAUUACCUCUACAAAUAAUACUCUUAGCGUGUUACGCGGUUUCUGGGCAGAACUCUAUACCCGAUUGGGUUCGAGACCAUCGUGUUCACCAUAAGUUUAGCGAAACCGAUGCUGACCCACAUAAUGCUAACAGGGGUUUCUUUUUUUCCCAUGUCGGCUGGCUAAUGCAACGCAAACACCCAGAAGUCUAUCGUCGAGGCAAAGUAGUCGAUAUGUCUGACAUAAACAACGACCCCCUUGUACAAUUCCACACAAAGUAUUUUAUACUGUUGAAAUUGUUGCUCUGUUUCUACUUGCCUGCCGCAUUACCUGUUUACGCGUGGAAUGAAAAUUGGAUGGAUGCAUUUGUUGCCAUUGGCUUGGUCAGAUACGUAUUUAAUUUGAACUUCACGUGGUCAGUGAACAGUGUAGCUCAUAUUUGGGGAAAUAAACCUUAUGACAAACGUAUACAACCGGUUCAAAAUUUAGCGGUAUCUUUGGUCGCUAUGGGUGAGGGAUGGCAUAACUAUCACCACGUGUUUCCAUGGGAUUACCGAGCUGCCGAAAUAGGAGGAUAUGUAUUCAACUUGACGACCAUGUUUCUAGACUUUUUUGCUUGGAUUGGUUGGGUGUAUGAUCGUAAGGCACCGUCUGCACAGCUAGUUCAACAAGUUGCUUUAAAUCAUGGCGAUGGAAGUUGGAAAGAAGUAUCGGAAAAAAAUGUUUGUGAUAAGACUUUAUGAAAAAAAAUUAAUGAAGAACCCGAUGAUUACCUACUUUAUGUUCUUUAUAUUUAAUCAAGUUAUCUCAAGAAACAAACUCUUCAAGGAAUUGAUUUUUGAUCAAACGAAAGAACAAUGUCUCUUGAUUUUUUUUUUAUCAUUUACACUAUUUAGUUAGUAAUCAAUUUUUUGUUAUAAUGUAAAAAGUAUUCAUUUGUGUAUAUUUUUCAAUCUAGAAUUUGAUCAAAAUGUGACAAGUUUAUAGUAUAUUAAAUAUACAUUUAAAUAUUUUUUAUAUUUUGAAAUUUUAGCCCUAAAAAAAUUAGGGAGUACAAAUUUAAAUAAAUGAUGGUUAAUUUUUAUUUAUUUUGUAUUAAAAAUUAAUUUACAAACAAUAUGAAAUACUUGUCACAUUAUCUUCAUAGUUACAAUUUAGGACUUUUCAGUUAUGAAAUUUCAAGCAUAAUUAGAUUUUAGAUAUUGUAAUUUGUCGGCAAUUGCAAAUUAAUUUUUGUUUACAAAUUUUCUAUUUUAAUUUGUAUAUGUGGAAUCUGUUUGUAUUGAUAUAUGUAUUUAUCUGCACAAAUUACAAAAGGCAGAGGAGUCAUUUGUGUUAUUUUGUGUAAUAAGUGUCUUAACUAUUUAUUUUGGGUUAAUAAUAAGUAAAUGUUUGUAUCCUAUUACAAAAUAUCAUUAUAUUGUCAAUUGAAUUACUUAAGUUAAAUUUUCAUUGUAAAUUUUGCAAAUUGUAUUAUUUUAUUAGAAUUUUUACGUAUGUUAACCACGUUCACUUAAGAUUCAACUAAAUAGUUAGAAUAAAAAUGUAAUGUAAUUAUAUUCAA